CUACUCUCUCUUCUCUCAACUCUAACUGACAUCUUCUUCUUCUUCAUGACAACAUCCAUGUCAACUUCUGAACGAUGUGGAGCGUCUAGUGACAAGGAAGGCACGUGCACGCACGGGUUCACUGAUCUCAACCGCACUGUGCCACUGUUCCCGGAGACCAACCAUGAUCCAGACUCAUUGCAAGAGUUUCAGUUCUUUGGGCAUGAUGACUCAGUUGCUUGGCUCUUCAAUGAACCCAAGAUUCCGGAACCAAGAGCACCUGAAGAAAGGCCUUCUUUCAAAUAUUUGGAUGAUUUGAGGCAUGCUUGCAACCCUGCACGCCUUACUUUUGAUGUUUGUUUGAGCAACUCUACUAGCUCUCCUGAUGUAAUCCAACAUCACUCUCAGCCACUUGAAGUCCCUGCAAUGGGUCACCCUGCAGCUUCCACCAGCGCCACCAUUAUGUCAUUCUCCGGCAGCACCUUCACCGAUGCGUCAAGCGGGAAUGCAAAGGAAGGCAGUGGCGUCGACGCCAUGACUUCCGGGCAAGUAGGGGACCCUACAAUGGAAAGAGAGGCCAAAGUAAUGAGGUACAAGGAAAAGAGGAAGAAGAGGAAAUAUGAGAAGCAAAUAAGGUAUGCUUCAAGGAAGGCAUAUGCUGAGAUGAGGCCAAGGAUUAAAGGGCGCUUUGCUAAGACUCCAGAGACAAGCCAACCAUCAGAUCAACCUUCUUCUUAUGAUCAUCAAGAUAGACUUGAUCUUGGCUGGUUCCAUCCUUGAAGCUACUACCUACCAACAAGCUCGUCAUCUACAAACAAUGCAUGAAUAAUUUAAUGGAGGUUCAACUUAAUUUUUACUUCAUAAUUAUAGGGUGGUGGGUGGUUUUAUGUGGUUUAAUUUAGCUCUUUAGUUUAGUUUUUAUAGGAUUGAAAUUAAGCUGACUUCUAGAAGUAUAAAUGAUCUAAUAAGCAAAACAGGUAGUAAGCAUGCACCUGGUUUGACCUUCUAUUUUUCA